UCACGAUCAGUAUUUGUUGUGUAUUCGAGUAAAGAACAUCGCAAAAGCAAUGUUGAAUAUUGAAAUUUCUGGUGAUUUUUGUUAUUGCUAGUAGCAGCACCCUUUGCAUCAAUCGUGAAACUAUUGUUAGCAAUCGCAUUCGAUUGAAUGUAUUGAAUUGUUGCAAACAUCAAAUUAAUACCUGGAAACAAUGACAACAAAAAGCAAAAAAAGGUCCAUACUGGGGAUUGGCUCAUUUAAGCACAAAUUGGAUAAAGUGCGAAUAAUAUUUUUUCAAGGAAACUCGUUCUCAACGCAACGGACAUACGAAUUGGAUGAAUCAUGUGCAAUGUUCGGCAAUGCUCAGUUCGAUGUGUUACGAAAGACCGUUUUAUACAUUCAUUCUUAUUUAGAAGGACCCGAACAUGAAAGUGUUAAUACCAUUGUCGACGCCUAUCUCCAGCGAAACGAUCACAAUGUUCUUAUAAUGGAUUGGUCGCAAUUAGCUAAGGGAAAUUAUCUUAUUGAUGUUGUUCCAAAUGCAAAACAGCUAGCAACAAAAAUGUCGGAAGUAGUUUUAGAUUGGGUAGACGAAGGGAUGGAUGUAAAUCGUUUUCACGUCAUUGGUCAUGGGAUCGGUGGGCAAAUGGCCGGAAUGAUUGGAAGAUGUGCGCACCGAAAAUCAGAAGGCGAAACCAAAUUGAUGCGAGUCACAGCCCUCGAUCCACCGGCUGCAUUUCCUCUUGGCGCCCGCGUCAACGAAAAAGAUGCCGAAUUUGUUGAUAUUAUUUUUACCGAUGCAUGGUUUCACAGCACACCAAAGAGUUCAGGGACAGUGAAUUUUUGGCCUAGUUGUCCGCAACGAAAAUCAAAGCUGUCAGAUGAUCGGCGAGCGUGGCAAAUGUGGGCUGAAACCGUUCAGCCAAGUGAACAACCGGUUUUUCUGUCGGUUCAUGCCAAAGGAUUGAACGAUUUCAAGAAAGGACGUGUCAAUCAUUCCGAAAUUGUUCAAAUGGGCAUCGACUGUCCAAUGAGUGCAAAACGUGGAGACUAUUUUCUGCAAGUUAACUUGAACCAGCCGUAUGCAAAAGGAAUUAAGGGUCUAAAGUAUGAAAAAUCGCGAAUUGAUUUAAUCACUUAGUCAUUGCAUGACUUUCAAAAAAAAAAAUUAUGGCGCUUUGGUGUUCGAAAUCAAGUGUGCAAAAAGUUGCUUUUGCUUCUGCAUUGAUUAAUCAUUAAUUUUUAAUCUUCUAGAAAAGAUGAAACGAAAAUCGUUGAAACAAACAUAUUUUCUUCUAUUUGUUUAUCUGACCUUGAAUCGUAAAUUAGUUGAUCUUGAUAUAUUGUGCCAAAUUUAGUCUUGUCAAAAAUUUCGGAUGAUAUUUAAAAUUAAGUGAUCUUUCUGUGAUUUCAAAGAAAUCAUAUCAGAAAUGUAUUUUUUGUGAAGAAAAAACAAGAGUUGAUAUUAAAAUCUAUUCCAAUAUUGUGAUAGAAUUCCGAAUAGCAAAAAAUUGUGAUUCCAAACGACAUUCCAUGCAAAGGUGGUUUUUGUUUAAAAAAAUUCAAAGAUAUAUUGUGGAAAAGUAAAAAAAAAGAUGUCAUAAAAAUAAACU